AGAGAAGAGCACGCGAACAUCGAAGCUGAGCCUACGCACUGAUUUUCUUUUGCUAGGUAGAUUCAACCCCUUUUUUAUUUAUAUAAUGCUUCGAACCGUUGUCUGCUCGACGAGCAGGCGCUCUGCAGCGGUGGCCUCCACGCUUGCCAGCUGCCGUUGGUUGACUGCUUACAACCAUCACCCGAUAUGGACGUCAUCGCUCAUCUUGUCGCUCCACCCCUCCACGGUGGCACGUCCCUCCUUGUUGACGUCCCGGCGCACCGCCGCGACCGCAAGCACGGCGUCGGAGGCAGACUUUUCGUCUGCAGCCGCGCUCACUGAUGCGGAGAUCAUUGCGGCGGCGGACUGGAAGUCACCGCAGUACGAGGAGCGCCUCGGCUUUCGUGGUGGAGACGCGAUCACCGAGGCACGCCUAAAGCGUCACUACUACGUGCUGGCGAAACACUUCCACCCCGACACGGCCACGGGCACCGCAGCCGGCGCCGCAUCGGAGAACACCGCGGCGGUCACCGACGCGGAAGCCUUCCACAACAUCAAGGAGGCGUAUGAUGCGAUCAGCACCACAUUGAAGGAAGGUAGUAAUGGGCGGCCCAACGGCAACGGAAAUGGCUCUGCAGACGGAAGCAACGGCAGUGCCUCGAGCGACUUCGCCGGCGGUUUCACCUACUCCGAUGAGGCACGACGACGGUCGCAGAUGCGGCUGCUCGGUGAAGCAGUCAUGCUCUUUAUGGCCAUGACGGUGAUGCUGAUUUUCAUCGUGAGCCGCCACAACAAGUCCCGCAUGCAGUCACGCUAUUUGUGGCAUCUGGUGUGGAUCUUCUUCAUGAUUCAACUCUUCCCGCGGCUGCUGGCAGCUGCCAUUAUCUUUGCGGCGCACUCUCUGUACCUGGUCGACAAUACGGCGCUGAAGGAGCAGGCCGCCAUCUCGCUCGUUGUGGAGCGAAGCGCGACAGGGUGCACCGUGAAACUGGACGGCAUUCACGCGGGGUCGGUGUCGCACGUGGUGGUGCAGGUCACCACGACAGCAACCAAGACGGCGGCGGGCGGCGCGCAAGAGGAAGUGUCGUCCACGCUGACCUUCGACAAGGGCGUGACCGAGUUUCUUCUCCCUGUUCCAGCGGUCCCGCACUCCGUGUAUCACAUCAAGGCAGUCGACGAGCAGCGCAAGCUGGUUCUUGUGGACCGCACCAUCUCCGCAUUGGUGUGA